UACAUUUUCAACUAGCAGCGACUUAACCGGACAUAUUUUAUACUGUGGCUAACUUGACACUGCCGUAUAACGCUAUUUUGUUUCGAAGGAAGGUUUUCCGGCUUAUUUUUGGAACAAUUCCACACUUUCUUGAUUGAUGGUGUCAACAUCUCCAAACACCUUUUCCCAGUGACCUCAGGACUCCAUCAUCUCUUAAUCUUAAUGCCCGACGACUCUGAGACUUGUGUCAUUGCCGAGAUAAGUGAAUCACUCUACACAUGACAGUUUCAUUGUACACGGAUACAUUUGAAAGCCUGCAUCCAGGAUAAUCACAACAGCACUUCGACUCUGUGUUUGUUUGUAUGUGGCCUUGCGGCAGGCUGACGUCCUGUCCAGGGUGUACCCCACCUCACGCCCUAUGACUGCUGCUAAUUGGAGUAAGCAGUUGAAGAUGAGUGAAUAGAUAUGUAAAUGAUAUAGACGCAGCUCUUUGAAUUGUGUGAUUAGUCAGAGUUGCAGCACAGCGACCACCAAGCAGCUGGAAGUUACUUGCACUUUGUGCAGAUGAUGUCUUCUCCGCUGUAUUACAACCAUGACAGUGCUACUCGCUUCAAGAAACGAAAAGCCAGAUUCACUUUCAGUGAAGUCCACAUACUCUUGGAUGAAGUGAGGAAACAUCGGGGAGUUGUUGUGGGUAAAUUCAACCGAGGUGUGCCAACAGACAUUAAGAAGCGCACAUGGGCGGAGAUCACUGCCCGUGUCAAUGAGAUUGGUGAGUGCCAGCGUGAGGUCAUUGAGGUCAUCAAAAAGUGGUCCGAUCUAAAGUGUGACACAAAGCGGAAGGUGGCUGCCAUGCGUUCAGGGACUGUGCCCAACAGAGGCCUUAACUCACGUCUGUCCCGAGAUCUUAACCCAACCGAGAAAAUAGUGCUCCAGAUCCUUGAGAUGGAUGAUGAAGACCAGAACACGAGUGAUUUUGGCCCAUUGGGAGAUGACGAUGAUGUGCCUGAUGAGGAAGAAGAAAUGGAGGAGGAGGAUAUGAUUGGAAUGCAGAAUUCUCCAAAUGGUUGCUUGGACACUUCGAUGCCACCGCCAUCCUCCUACAGCAUAAGCGGGCUUUCUCAGCCAAGUGCUAAAGAGGACCAGUCCACGCAUAGCUAUAGUGGAUCAUCACGAGAGUCAUCACAGGCCAUCUUUGAUACGCACUAUGAAGUACCUUCAACAGAAGACUCAGAAGAUGAACAAAGGGAUGACUCGCUGCCAUCCACACCAGCGGUGAAAUCCACAGACGAUCACCAGGGAAACAAUGGCAUCCAGAAACAGCCUGCUGCUGCUGCUGGGCCUCAGACAUCCACCUCUGGAUCGUCAUCCUCAGCACUUCCAGCGCUGGGUCAGCCCCCGCAGAACAUGAGAGACAGCAUGCUCCACAGUGCUGCGGUAAGCCUCCAGGAGCAGCACGCCACCAACGUCCUGCUGGAAACCGUUUCACGCUCGCUGGAGCUCGUGUCCGAGUCGGUGCAGCAGCUGGCGGAGACUCAGCAGGAGUUUGUGCGCGAGUCGUUGCUUCUCCAACGGGAGAUGGUGCAGGUUCUCAGAGACUUCACUGGUGGAGCCAUCGCCCUCAUGCAUGACAAACUAAACGGACGUCCGGCGUUAUAGCAACAAGAUGUCAGAUGAGCGGCGACGGAUCACUAACUGUUGGAGGUGGAACAGCCUUUAAAUUCCUUUGAACUAUACUGCUGGUUGACUGUAUUUUUGAAAGUACUGAACUGGUUUUCUGUGGUUUUAGCUUAAAGCUGUAAUUGUAGAAGCAUUUUACUGAUGGAGUUGUUGUCUGUGCGGUUAAAAGAUAAUGGUUUGAGACAAAAAAAACAUGCAGAGAACUUUUUGCUACUGAAAGUGAGACUCAUACGAACUGAUUAAAAUCUUUUCUUAUAACAGUACACCCGC